AUGAUCUCCUUUUAUAGUAAUUUAGAAAGUUCCUCUCUCUUUAAAUCCAACAAGCUCUUUAUUAUCUUGGCUUUGGCUUAUAUUGAAGGUUGGCGUAUCAUCAAUUUGGCAAAUGAAACAUUUGGUUUUAAUGGCUGGUCCCACUCAAUCAGUAAUCAAACAGUUGAUUUUAUUGAUCACUUCAAUGGCAGAUAUUAUGUGGGUGUGAGUGCAUUUGUACGGGUGCAACUGAAGGAUGGAGUCUAUCAUGAAGAUAUUGGUUAUGGUGUCAGUGAAGGGAUGAAGUCUAAAGCACUCAGCAUUGAGAAAGCCAGGAAAGAAGCUGUAACUGAUGGACUCAAGAGGGCUCUUAAGAGUUUUGGGAAUUCUUUGGGGAAUUGUUUGGCUGACAGAGACUACCUUAAAUGCAUUAACAAAGCAGUCAAACCUAUGCCACCAAAUUAUGAUAUUUCUGAAAUGAAACAGAAUUUUAUUGAUGAAAGCAUUUGCAAAGCUUGGAAGGCCAGACAUAGAGAAGUCAAGUCAAAUGCUAAAAUCUCUUCUAAAGACCAAACCUUCAGUAAAACAUUUCUUGAUCCUCACGCAACAAACAGAAUUGUGACAGAGAAUAAAGCUUCUAAAGUUUUCCCAUCAUCAUCAUCAGCAGCAGCAGAAUCAUCAUCACCAUCAUUAGCAGGUGUUGAUAAAGCACAGGUCACAAAUGAAAAUCAUCAAAUGAAACCAUCAGCAAUGGAAGGUGAAAAUUCUGAUGGAAAUUCUGGCAAUAACAAAAAAGUACAAAACCUGGACUGUUCUGAAUUUGAAGAGCAGCAACGCCUUGACCGAAUACAAAGACAAAAACAGAAGCAAGAAGAAUUUCGACUUCGGAGUCGAACACCCCAGAAUACAACUGCAAGUAGCCCAACUGUUUUAGGUCAGCCAAAUGCAGCUUCAACACCACUUGUGCCCUCAAUAUCUGCCUUGACUACAGAGGAUAAUAUAGCCAGUAAAAAAGAAACCAGUGUACAGAAUGAGUCAACAGGGCAGAAUGCUGCCAGGAGAACAGAUACGGUUGAAACGAAUUCCCGUGAAAAGUCAAGUGUGUCAAAUCUGCUCCCAGAAGAUCAUUUUGAUGAUCCAGAUAUAUGGAAUCAGUCUUUGGAUUUUGAAAGUGUUAACCUUGAAGCAGCUUUGCUUACUGCAAAAGAUAUGGCACUUAAUAAUUCACCCAGGUCUAUACGAGGCCCUUCUGCUGUGCAAACCCUUGAUGGAACAGCUGUGUCCCACAUACAAAUUAUGUCUCCACGUCAACAGAGAGGAUGCCAAAAAGCUCUUCAAUUAAUCCAAGAAGCACGAGAUGAAUUACGACUGAAAAAAAGACGCCUGGAUACAUGA